AUGGCAAUCUCAACGGGUAAAGCGCAAAAGGUUACUGGGGCCCCAGAUUAUGACAACGCAGAGUUUUGGGAUGACCGAUUUGCGACCGGUCGGGAUGUGGGCGAGUGGCUGAAUUCUGGCGAGGCGCUAAUCGACGCCGUGGUGUCUGAUCUAGAAAGCCGACCAGUCAGACAACCACGCGUCCUGCACCUGGGCCCAGGCGUUUCCCAAUUGGGCUUGAAACUGCGUGACGCGUGUGUGGAGCGCCACUGGAAGGGCAAUGGCAUUGUCAAUGUCGACUUCUCCGGAGAAGCUGUCCGUCUUGGACAGGAACAUGAAAGCCAGAAAUCUCCCGCAGAGGCGAUGCACUGGCAGCGGGCCGACUUGCUAUCUUGGAGCCAUGUUUCGGACCUUUUGCCGUUCGCCCCCUUCGACGUGAUUCUCGACAAAAGUACCAGUGAUGCCAUCGCUACCGCGACCGACCGGCAUUUCGCGGCGACGGAUGAACAACUUUGCCCAGCUGUUCGAGAGCUAUUAGCCACCCAGCCCUCAAUCACUCUGUCCCCUGUCGAAUUACUCGGUCUACAUCUCGUGCCAUUGACGCAGAAACACACGACUUGGAUUGUAAUGUCAUACUCAACCUUCCGUUUCGGGGGAAAUUCCAUUCUCGAUCAAUACUGGACUCUUCGAUCCCGGACACCAUUAAAAGCCCCUGCGGGCCCCGUGUCGUCGUCCGCUUAUACCCCUGACGUGUUCCACUGGAUCUAUAUCUUAGACCGGAAAUGA